AUAAAAUAAGACUUUAUUUAUUUACAAAUUCGCUCAAAUAGUAAAAUAAGUUACUUCGUACAUCCAGUAGCCAAUUAUUUUUUAAUGUAGUUGUUUUAGUUAAUAAAUCCGGCACCAACCUUUGGGUGCCGCUCCUCAAACAAAACAUUUUUGUUGGCCAAACCAUGGCGCGAACGAAAAUAUCACGGCGCACUUACAGUCUGAGACAGCAGCAAACAGAAAAUAGCCCGAGAACAGCUAAAAGCUCGCUGGCAGAGAAUACAUCAACUAUCGAGUGCCAGGAAGAUGCUCCUACUAUAAAUGAGGCAGAUGGAGUCGUUGAAGAGUCAUCCGCAAUGGCUAACAAACCACAAGAAAAUUCGUUGGACCAGAAUGACUUAGAUUUCGACUGGUUAUUGGGCUACCGAGGCGCAGCCGGCUAUGCGCAACCCGGAAGCAACCCAUUUAACACACACAGCAUAACGCGGGACUCGCCGUUAAACCUGGCAUGGGAUUCGUCCAUGAAAGAAAACUGUCAACAGCGAGCGAACGCUCCCAACUUCCGGCCGAUUACGCCCGAUAACUUGAUAAUUUCUGUGGACGAGAUAUUAUCCCCCGCGACACAGAAGCGAAUCAGGACCUCCAUACGGGCCCUGUUCCCCAACGGGCCGCCGCCUCCGCCGCACGUCCGGCCCAUGAGGAGGCCAAAGAAAGGUCUGCCCUACAUUGUCAACUGCAAUAAGAGGCCUCGAGUCCCUUCGCCUAAGGGUCUUAAUGUCUUCACAGGAGACAAAUAUGGCAUCACCAGCAGCACCAACUGUGACGAAGACGAACAGUGCACCCCAGAGAAAAAAGCUCGCCGAGGCCCCUACGGCAGGUCCACCCUCUCCAAAUCCACAUUUAAUCGGCAAACCAAUGAGAUCGCUGAACGGCUAAAAUUAUACGAAAAAAUCGAUAGACUAGUCGGCAGAACGCCCAAGGAACAACCCGUCGAAUACAUGAAGCGCUCGUUCAGCCCCCUGCCCAGCACCUCCACUGACAAUGAGACGAUUAUGAAAAAUGAUAAACAUUUUAGUGAAAGCUUGAACUGUUAUAAUUUUGAAAGUGACGAAGACGAGGAAUUACCUGAGGUUAUAUUGGACACAGAUAAUGUUAAAAAGGAGAAAGAACGAAAAGAUUUAUCCUCACCUUUAUAUAGUAUCCUGCUAGAAAUGAAUGAAGAUAUUAAUAACAAUAAUAAUGAUGCGAUUGCCAUAGACGACGACUUCUGUGAAAUACAAUUUGAUAAAUUAAUGCCAAAGGAAAAAAUACUCUACUACUCUGACGUCGAACCCAAAAACAUCCAGCUAAUCCAGCCUUCAAAACCCCCGAACGACCUUAGUGCAACGACUUCCACUGACGUUAUUUGUGUCGAUAGUACCUGGACCACUAAUAUAUUGAAUCCCAUCUCCACGCAACCAUCUGCUAAUUCAGUCACCUCCCCUGUGCUUCGAGCGAGUAAUAAAAAUGCAAUCGUUACUGAGACGAAACAUUCUGAUCUAGUCAUUGAAGUACCAGACGUUUUAGAACCCAUAAACAAGUCACUCAACUGCCCCGCUAUACCCCCGGCGUGGAGCGAGGAUGUCCAGUUUGUUUGCGAAGACAGGAUAGAGAAACCAAAUAACUCGAUUAUAGAAAACAUCCCCGAUGUUCAGAUCGUCUCUUACACACGCGCCAGAAAAUACGGCUUAAAUGCUAUGCCAACAACAGCAAUGGACGAGUGGCAGCAUUUCCUCAAUCGCCUCAACGAGACUUUUAGCAGGAAGAAAACGAAAAAGAAAAGCAAGAGGACAAAGUCGAAAACAAACUUGGGCGUUCCUUGUAAUAACGAAAAUUAUUUAGCAAUCAAUGAUGAGAACACGGCACCUAUUAUUGAAAACGCAUCAAAUGUUAACAAUGAAAACGCAGCACCUACAGUGAACCAAGUUCAGCAGUCCGACACUGGUUAUUUGAAUGGCUCAGCCGACUCGCGACCGGGGAAGCAGCUCGGUGAAUGCCCAAUUUGCCUGGACAACUUACAGGGAGGCUCCAUAGCUUCUACCAACUGUGGUCACGUCUUCUGCCUGGAGUGCAUUAAACAGUCGUUGAAGAGCCGUGGCAAGAGGUGUCCAACAUGCCGGAAACAACUCAGAGGCAUUGGUUACCACCAAGUAUUUCUGUAAUUUUAAGGUUUUACCUUUGUCAUAAGCGUUCCAUGUGAUUGCAUAUUACCAGUUUACAAGUUGUACCUAAUUAAGACCAUAUCUGUACUGUAUAUAACCUAAGACUGACUCAAGCUACUUCUUUUAAAUUUAUGCUGUUACCUAAUUGCUAGAAGUUUGGUUUUUUCCUAACUUUAAGAGCUCUCGUCCUUGAACCUUGUUCUUGUCCAGUAGCCUCAAGGCUAAGAUCAUUUAAAUUUCAAACUUUAUAGUCGAGUAAGAGAUGAGAAUUUUCUAUUUAUUCAUCACUAACAUUUUGAAGAAUGUUCUUUUCUCAUAGCGUCAACACACUUAAAAACAAGAAAUUGUCAUGGCGACAAGUAUGCCAAGUAUGGUGUCCAUUCACUGUAUGGUUGUCAAACUAAGAAAUUGAAAUUAAGUCGUUCAAGGAUAGAGUGCAACCGUAACGCGCCUGAAUGGCCAUUGGUAGACUUUUUCUCGUUGCAGUUAGGUUUCAAAAUGGUCACGCUACUGCGUUGACAAUCGUACCGUACGUAAUCCUAUGUGUGUAUGUGUGCAUAGGAAUCAUUUACGUACCCUUGGGUCACAUUCUAAAGUAUGAAUAAUUAGAUGUUUUGAAUACUUAUCAAAAAAGUUAAAGUUGAUGUUAGAUUGCCUCUUUCUGUAUCUUUUGAACGCCAAAAUAAAUGGUUGUUGAGUACUGAUUAGUUAGUAAUAAAUAAUUAAUAAAGAAUGGUCUGAAGUGAGAUUUCUACAAUGUAGAGGAGUGGUGAGUGGGAGGUUGGUGUGUGGAUGUGAGGACUGAAAUGGUUUAGAUAAUAGAUGUAUAGUACUGUAAACUUGCUCAACAUUGCUUACCGUGCCUAACAUUGCCUUAAUAAGGGGUAGUUAUUAUUAUAUUAGAAUUUUAUGUUUCUUGCUACAUUUUAACUUAAUUGAAUUACCUAGUUAAACGUACUAGAGUUAGAUCAAGCUAAGUUGACAGUGAUUUUGGUAGCACAGACUUGAGCAAGUGUUAUUUUACACGUCAAACUUCUAUGAAAUUAUGACGUAUGAAUAACACUCACUUUCGGUUCGAACGCCAUCUUGAUAGUAGCCUCGUGAUUAAUUCCUGUGUUUUGCUCAUUAAUAUUGUUUAAUGUGUAAUAUCGAUAGCUUUAUUAUACAGUAAUCUAAUGUGGUAGUGUGCAGUGAAUGGAGAAUUAAUCUCAAAGCGUGUUUAACCACCAUUUUGGAGUCAACGGCCGGUAGUCCACGUGCUUCUCGUAAAAUCCAGCUAUCGGUUUUACGAGACAACUACAACAACCACCGAACAACGUCGUGCUCUAAGAGCAUUUGCUAUUUCUACCUCUAACCGUGUCUGGCUAGAGCCCUAGAGGCCCAUAAUUUUAUUGUUUACCGUACACUGGCUAUGGCCGAUGGCCGAUAUGUUUUAAUCAAGAAAUAUUAAUUCGAUCCCACAUGGAUCCCACUUUGACGUUGGCGAAAUCAUCGACAGUAUCGAUGGAGCCAUACUACCUGAAAAUUGAAUUGAACACUCACUGUCUGUGCUAUCAAAAUCGCUGUCAACUUAGCUUGGUCUAACUCCAUAUUGAUAUAAAAUUUAUAUAGGUAUAAAGCUGAGCUUUAUAAGAUAAUUAAUUAAGUACUCGUUAAAAUUACUAUUGACCACAAUUUCUAUAAGAAUUUAAUUGCCUUAAAACAGUCAUUUUUUGACAAAUGGUUAUGUAUGUAAUGUAUGUAUAUCUAAUUUUGAAUAAUGGUCGCCUUCUUUCUUUAUUGUAGUAAUAGAAACAUUCGCGGUUCGUAUUUGACAGCUAAUUUAGCAAUGGCGCUGUAUUAUCUUUGGUAGAAAAUCAGUUUUUUGUAGCCAGCCAGCAUUUGGCAAGGUAGGCAACAUUGAGGAAGUUUACGGAACUCUGGAGGGCCUACCGCGAAUCACGUUUGACGUGUCGCCUCCUUGUCACACUUACGCACGCAUUUACAAGUGCGACAGAGAGGCAACGCAUCGAACGUGGUUCGCGGUAGGCCCUCAGGUCUCUUAUUAAUGUUUCAUUAAAUAUUGUCAAUUGAUAUGUGAUUUAAUCUAUGAACGGUGUAAUUUUCCUUUGCCGUUUGUAUUAUUUUAGGUUUUAAUUUAAUGUGGAUAAUUCCACUUUUAUUUUUGGAAUUGAUAAAAGAUUGAGCACAAGGACUCGCGGAACUCGCGAAUACGAUUGUAUAAUAAUAGUUCACAAGUGGAUGAUUCUAAUUAGCAUCAGUAUUUUAAAUGGUUUUGAAGGUUUUAAGUUUAAAAAACCGCAAUAUAAUUAUUCUGGGCCAGUUGCACCAUCCCACUAACUCGGGGUCAACUGGUUAGACCGUUAACCCAGUGUCAAACUUGUACUGGUAACCAUGGUAAAUCUAGGUUUAUCGGGUUAACCCCGGGUCAGUGGGAUGGUGCAAGUGGCCCUUUAUCUUAGAUUUUUAUCAUAUGUCAAAGAGGUUAUAUAGGGUAGAGGAGUACUGUCAUAAUAAAUUUUGUAGCCACAGUAAAUUCACUGCCAUCUAUUAACACACGAUUUUAAAUUAAAGCCAUUUAAAGCGAUUACAAAUCGAUUAUUUAGCAAUGAUAUAACUAUAGACAGGUUAUACUCGUACAUAAAGAACACAAAAAAUACUUCCAUAUUUAUCGAAAUUAAACUAUCGUGAGACAUAUUUCAAAAUAUUUAGAUCACUACGGGUUCUCUCUAUUACUUUUAGUCGCUUUUGGCGACAUGUUUUGGACUCUUCGGGAGUCUUUCCUCGGGCACGAGUGUCCGCGGCAACGAGCGACGAGGCGGGCGGCGCGGGCAGUGCACGGAGUAGAGCCGCCGCGAAAACUCGUGCCUGAGGAAGGACUCUCGAAGAGUCCGAAACAUGUCGCCAAAAGGGACUAAAAAUAAUAGUGAGUGAAACCGUAGUGAUCGAAAUACAUAUUUAUUUCAUACAACUCGUAGGUACGAGAGUUUCUGUUUUUGUAGUUUAUUUUCGCAUAUCAUUCAUCUUUGUUAUACUCGUUGAAUUUAUAAGCUUGUCUGCGGGACAGAGUGUGCGGGAGUUUCUUAAAUAGCACGUGCACAGCUAUAGCUUGCCCAGACGCGAGCGCGAGAGCGCGACUGAAGGGGCCCGUUAAUUACCAUUCCACUGGACGAUGUCGGCCUGUCAGUUGUUCGCAACUGGCAAAUUUUUGUUCUAACUGACAGGCUGAUAUCGUCCGACGGACUGAUAAUCAGUGGGCCCCUUAAAGAGCAACUGUAAAAUGAUUACGAUUUAAGCGUUUCAAAUUUUUGAACGCCCAUAACCUGUCUGGAGUUACAUUAUCAUUGUUAUUAGAAGAGAUAAAUAAUUUAAAUCCGCUAUCUCCUUUAUGCUUCAUCUUUGUAUCAAUCUUUAUUUUCGUUUGUUAUUUUUAUAUAUUUUUUUUAAUAAUUCAAAUGAAACCAAAUAUUUCAUUAUAGACUAAUAUUUAUAUUUAUUACACGUUGUUAUUGUUUAAUUUGAAUUAAGUAAGACUCGCAACAAACGCAAUGAAGGUUAAUACCUCAGCUCAGCAGCUUUAAGCAAUCUUAAAGCUGCUGAACAAUAUGUUAUCAGAUAUUCCGCAUCUUGCAAAUCUGUAUUUAUAAUUACCGUACAACCUCUCAAUUUUUUGUCUAAAGCUCCCAACUCUGGUCCAAAAUUAACUGUAAUUUUUUCGUUCAGGUGUGUCUUUUACUGUAUUUUCUGUUGUUCUAAGGCAAGGUUUGUUUAUAAAUGGAAGAAAAAACUGAGUAAACCAAAAGGAACAAAAAAAAAACUCGAUUUGGGCAGAUUCUAGAAAUUAUUAAUUAAAUGAUUAGUUGAUUACAAUUCAGAUUAAAGCAUAUUCAAUAACAUGGCAAAAUACCGUAACUACAUUUUAGAGCCCACCAUUAUUAAUAGGGAAUAUUACGCGAAACUGCAUAGGGGGGUCUGAGGUCGAAACAAGAAAAUCGAAAUUUCGUUAUCUAACAUCUCAAACAUCUGUCACUCUUGUAUAUUCGAGCGAUAAAGAGGCAGAUAGCAAAAUUUAGAAUUCGUGUUUCCCGGUAGGUCCAACAAGCAGCCGUGAUGCAUCAAUGUCUUAUUUUAUUAUCUCUGAAAACUUGUCUAAAACCUGUUAAAGGUACAGUAUGUAUGUUACUCUAUAGUAUACUAAAAAGCCUAGUGCUGCACUCUGGUGGCAGAACAUUGAAGUAAUAUUCCCUAUUGUUAUACUAUGAUUACUUAGCUUUAAUUUAAAUUAAUGUACUAGAACAAGAUUUUAGAAAACCCACCAGUACCUAAGAAACCUAAGAUAUGUUUUAUUUAUGUUAUAAUUACAGAACAAAAACAUUACGAUGAAUACAUAACUACAUAAUA